AUGUCUCAAACGGAACUUUGUGCUCCUGUCUAUCUGCCGACUCCCACAGAAGAUGUGGUGUUCUCGGUUCUAGGCAGAGAAAAACAUGGCGAAAGGUUCGGCUGGUCCGAUCUUCCCCACUUUCCUGUUGGCACUAAAAGCCGACCAUUCCCCAUCACCAUUCUCUGCAGAAACGAAGACAAGUACAAUGAGCUAUGCAUUAUCGCCCCGUACACCUAUCGCAUCACCUGUAAGAAAAUCCGCAACCAUUACAAUGUCAGCCAGGCACUGUCACUACUUCGCGACUGGGAGUUCAUCUCGGAGGUUCUCUCGUCUCCGGACAGGUUCUAUCUGGUGUUUAAAGGCAAUGAAGGCCAUGAGAUGAUCACACUUUGCUGGGCUGACGCAUAUGAACUCUAUCGAGGGCAGGCUCUCCCUCAUGUUGGCCACAGAUGCACUUUGCUACUGGAGGCUCUUAUGUCCAUGAUAUUGAGAGAUAGAAAACCACAGAGACUUACUGAUGUUCAGGAGGACCUCUCCCACUUCGAUGCUGAACUUGACAGACUAACAUCAAGUUUCUCUUCCAUUCAACUAGGCGAACGGACCAAUGCGGGUCCUGGUGCAGUCGGCCCCUCAACUUCCAAGAGUUGCUCCUCCCCCACGCAAGGCUCCAUCCAAUUCAUGCAGUCGCAUGCCCCUUCAGUUGGCAAAGCUGCGCAGCAAGGAGCCAGUUGUUGUUCCAAGUGA